GAAGCAGCAAUUGUACUUCCUGUUGUAGUCCGCCCCAAACAAAACAAAGUAGUGCGGCUUCUUGUCUCCGCUCUGCUUGGGCCAACGAUGGGGGAGGCUGACGUGACACAGACCCAGGCCGACGACAAGCCCCCGGACUCGGCUUUGGUCCCCGGCGAGGAGUCAGUGGUGUGGAGCCAUGAGGUGGAGGUGUGUCUCUUUCACGCCAUGAUUGGACACAAACCUGUCGGCGUCAACCGUCACUUCCACAUGAUCUGCAUCCGGGACAAGUUCAGUCAGAACAUCGGCCGCCAGAUCUCCUCCUCGGUCAUCUGGGACCACCUGGGGACAAUGUACGACAUGCAGGCCCUGCACGAGUCCGAGAUCUUGCCGUUUCCAAACUCGGAGAAGAGCUUCUCUCUGCCGGAUGACAUCAUCCAGGAAGUGAAAGAAGGCAAGCUGGGUUCUGAGGAGGAAAGCAAAGAAGAGUUCGGGAUGGAGCGAGAACCUCCGGCGACUCACGAAGAAGGGAGCAACUCCUCGGUGAAGACGUCGGAGCGCUCCAGCGGCGGCCGGGACAGGGAGAAGGGAGGGACCGAGGGCGGCGGAAAGGAGGCGGAGAAGAGGAAGCGGAGUCGAACCACGGAGAAGCUGAUGUCGUCGUCCAACCCCGCCAGCCCCGGAGGAGCCAAAAGGAGGCGCACCUGAUCCGGAGCGGGGAGGAGUCAACCUGUUGCCGUGGAAGCACACUUCCUGUCACAUGACGUGCGGGACAGGAAGCAGCCGGCGUGUCGUCAUUUAACUGCGCUUCCUCCUUUGCCACCCGAGGCCACACCCCCCUUUAAACCUCCCUGGUCAUGUGACCUUUUGUUUACACGCGACUAGAGACAAGCUCGGUUGCUUUGGUCAGCUGACAGGAAGCUGGCGGCAGGCGCACACAGGAAGUGGUCGACGAGCAUGCUCAAUUAGCAUUAGCUAAUACUAGCUUCUUUUUGCGCUCCAAACUGCGAAUGUUUGGCUGGAGAAGAAAAAUAAAUGUUUGUAGUUGUUUUAUUUUUCUCUACUUUUUGAUGGCAGUAGCUUUUAUUUUUACUCGAUUUCCUUUUUUAUUUUUUGUUCUUUUGUUAGGACAAGAAGCAGACGUUGCAGUCAUUAAAUGCUUGAUGAAACAAACACACACAGACUGUCUGAAUGACUUGAGAGUUGUUGACUCAAAACCACUUUGGACUGAGUCAUUUUAAACAUCCAUCCAUUAUCUACCGCCUGCAUGUUAAAGGUCUACAGAAACCCACCACUACCGACCACGCAGUCUGAUAGUUUAUAUAUCAAUGAUGAAAUAUUAACAUUGCAACACAUGCCAAUACGGCCUUUUUAGUUUACUAAAUUGCAAUUUUUAAAUUUCGCGCGAAGUAUCCUGUUGAAAACGUCGCGCACAUGUUCUUCCAGCCCAAUCCCAGCUACAAGUAGUCUGCUUAAAUCGAAUAAUUACACAGUAUUCUGGACAUCUGUGUUGCUGAAUCUUUUGCAAUUUGUUAAAUUAAUAAUGGAGACGUCAAAGAAGAAAGAUGUAGGCGGGAAGCGGUGUAUUACGGCCGCCUUAAGCAACACAAACACAGCCGGUGUUUCCUUGUUUACAUUCCCGAAAUUGAAGCUUUACUAUGGAACAGAGCGGUCAAGCGAACAUGGUUCCCGACCACAUGUCAACCGGCAGGUUUCGUUGAGAAAAUUGUGGUAAUAAGUCGGCUCUUGCCGUAGACAUGAGCAGAGCUUGCGUCGUUCCUCGUGCACCUGUCAAAGAGGCAGCUGUGGACUCUCUUGCCUCCUCCGACCGGCCGCCUCCGAACGUGGAAUGCUUCCACCGUGGAGGAGGGGGGAAAAAGCUCAGCCCGGCCCGACCGGCUGCCUUCGCUUCGCCUCGCCGAGAAACGUGGCUUCCCUCAGAGACACUGGCGGUCACCACACCCCUCCGACUUUCAGGUGUGACUAUAUAAUCUCACUAAAACACUAGUAACACAAUAAGCAGAUAAGGGUUUUUCCAGAAUCGUCCUAGUAAAUGUGUCUAAUAACAUCUGAAUCGCUCCCACUGCCCUGCCUUUUUUUUUUUUUUUUUUUUUCUAGUCCUUCACUCUCACUAUCCUCAUCCACAAAUCGUUCAUCCUCACUCAAAUUAAUGGGGAAAUCGUGACUUUCUCGGUCCGAAUCGCUCUCGCUGCUGGUGGCCAUGAUUAUAAACAAUGUGAGAAUGUGAGGAGCUCCACAACCCGUGAUGUCAUGCGCACAUCUGCUACUUCCGGUACAGGCAAGGCUUUUUUAUUAGCGACCAAAAGCUGCGAACUUUAUCGUGGAUGUUCUCUACUAAAUCCUUUCAGCAAAAAUAUGGCAAUAUCGCGAAAUGAUCAAGUAUGACACAUAGAAUGGACCUGCUAUCCCCGUUUAAAUAAGAAAAUCUCAUUUCAGUAGGCCUUUAAACAUCUUUUUUAGAAAAUAUAUAUACUGUAGCUGAAAGGCCUACUGAAAUUAGAUUUUCUUAUUCAAACGGGGAUAGCAGGUCCAUUCUAUGUGUCAUACUUGAUCAUUUCGCGAUAUUGCCAUAUUUUUGCUGAAAGGAUUUAGUAGAGAACAUCAACAAUAAAGUUUGCAACUUUUAGUGCUGAUAAAAAAGCCUUGCCUGUACCGGAAGUAGCAGACUAUGUGCGCGUGACGUCAUGGGUUGUAGAGCUCCUCCCAUCCACACAUUGUUUACAAUCAUGGCCAACAGCAGCUAGAGCGAUUCGGACCGAGAAAGCGACAAUUUCCCUAUUAAUUUGAGCGAGGCUAUUGAUAGCAAAGGACUAGAAAAAAAUAUAUAGUAAAGAAAUUAAAAAAAAUAAAUAAAAAGGCGAUAGCAUUGUGAGCGAUUCAGAUGUUUUUAGACACAUUUACUAGGAUAAUUCUUGGAAAUUCCUUAUCUGCUUAUUGUUUUAAUAGUGUCUUAGUGAGUUAAAUAGUACCUGAUAGUCGGAGGGGUGUGGCCACGGGUGUGUUGAUGUCAUUCUCUGAGGGAAUUAGUCACAGCAGCAACAGCACGACAGAAGCUCCGCUGAUCUCCAGUAAGAGGCGACUUUUUACCACAAUUUUCUCACCAAAAACUGCCGGUUGACAUGUGGUUGGGAACCAUGUUCGCUUGACCGCGCUCUGAUUCAUAGUAAAGCUUCACCUCUGGGAAUUUUAAACAAGGAAUCACCCUGUGUUUGUGUGGCUAAAGGCUAAAGCUUCCCACCUCCACCUUUCUACUUUGACUUCUCCAAUAUUAAUUAUAAAUGAUAAAUGGUAAAUGGGUUGUACUUGUAUAGCGCUUUUCUACCUUCAAGGUACUCAAAGUGCUUUGACACUACUUCCACAUUUACCCAUUCACACACACAUUCACACACUGAUGGAGGGAGCUGCCAUGCAAGGCGCCAACCAGCACCCAUCAGGAGCAAGGGUGAAGUGUCUUGCUCAGGACACAACGGACGUGACGAGGUUGGUUCUAGGUGGGAUUUGAACCAGUGUGCGCACGGCCACUCUCACACUGCGCCACGCCGUCCCUAUAAUUGAACAAAUUGCAAAAGAUUCAGGAACACAGAUGUCCAGAAUACUGUGUAAUUAUGCGAUGUAAAGAGAUGACUUUUAGCCGUAAGUGGUGCUGGGCUAAUAUGUCCCCUUCAACCAAUAACGUCACAAAUAUGCGUCAUCAUUUCGCGACGUUUCCAACAAGAAACUCCCGGGAAAUUUAAAAUUGCAAUUUAGUAAACUAAAAAGGCCGUAUUGGCAUGUGUUGCAAUGUUAAUAUUUCAUCAUUGAUAUAUAAACUAUCAGACUGUGUGGUCGGUAGUAGUGGGUUUCAGUAGGCCUUUAACAUGUGGGGGAGUAAUGUAUCUGCAUGGCCACGGGAGGGCGCCAAUAACCCUCCAGUAACACUGCGCCUCCUAUUAGACAUUUCCCAUGUGUGUGUGUGUAUAAUCAUAUUUGUGUGUUUCUCUUCACAACAAAAGUACAUUUCGUGUCAAAAUGUGUGUGUCUCUGUAUAAAGGUGUGUUUGUAAAGAAA